AUGUUUACCUCGCAAAUAGACCCCCGCGGGCUGUUCACCUUUCCUGAAGCCGAUUUGCCCAUUGUUGUGAAGCAUGGAUGUGAGCGUGUUAUCGGCAAGGUGUCUUCUACUGCCAUGUGUCUUGCAAGUCCCGUGUGGAAGAAGUUCAUAAAGCCUCCUUUUGGUCAUCUUGGACCCGCCAGAACUGAAGUAGCGGAAAUAGAAUCUUUCAAGGCAGCCGCUUUGGGUGGUCAGGAAAGUGACACCAUUGGAGAAUCUCAAUUGGACUUUCAAGACGACAAUUCCGAGGCCUUGCCACUACUUCUCAGGAUAGCACAUUUCCAAUUCGUUACCGUUACUUCUACGCUAACAUACCACAUGUUAUUGUCGAUAGCAGUCUUGGUCGAUCAGUAUGACUGUGUAGAACUUGUCCACCCCUGGAUUCGGAUUUGGGUUGCGAACGAAAAUGUCGAAUCCCUAAAACCAGAUCAAGAAAGCUGGCUCUUUAUUGCAUGGGUUUUUGGUAGCGAAGAAGUCUUCCAAACACUAGCAACCUCGCUCGUACGAAGCACAGACCUCCAGAACAAACCGAAACUUAUGAAUAGCACAAUGCCACCUUCAAUUAUUGGUCUUUUGCCUUGAGCGCUUGAAGAGCUUUUACUAAUGCGACGCUAGAGAGUAUUUUCGAGGUUCUCAAACAAGAAAUAUCUAAGAUUCUGGAAGUCCCAUAUAACCUUGCGGAAAAGUUGCAGAGCAUGUUCAUGAGGCGGAAACUGACUACUCAAGAGUCAGGACAUCACUAUAGCACGCCUGAGACAGAGUGCCAUGAGAAUGAGCAGGACUGUGACGAUCUUUUCUAUGGCUCUCUGAUGUUAAAUCUCACGUGGGCACAUCUAUGGCCUAAGAAACGUGCAGAUGAAAUUCACAUCAGUGCCAAGGCCCUUGCCGAAGAAUUGACGGAAUUAAGAAUCUCCCACCUGACGGCUGAUGGGUGGAGCCAUGAGAGUUGUCCGCCGAAAACCCAUAUCAAAUAUGGGAUCUCCAAUAUUCUCGCUACGAACCCACCAACACCUGUACUGGACUCCCACAUUCUCCAUAUAAAGACUCAACACAAGAGGUUGAACCCAUCAUAUGAGGUUCCACUACUUGACAAGAAUCCGUCUAGCAUCAUUACGCAGGCUUAG